AAUGUAGGUGUUGAUAUUCGCAAAUAAGUACGAAAUUUUUUUGAAUUAUUUUUAUUCGUUUGCAAAACAACAAAAAGUAGUCGCUCUCUUCCAUUAAAUUAAUGGAUAAUGGGUCCAAAUUCAUCGAUGCAUUCGUUUUGGUCUCCAGCUAACAAUACCAACAGUCUUGUUUCCUCCUGGGAAUCCAUUUUGUUAAUGAGUCUAUUGUGCGCUACAAAUACACGACAAAAACGUUGCAUUCAAUGCGCGCCCGCUCCACCCCGCAGCCGCUCGCAAACCGCUAGUAUUAUAAGACUGUGAAAUUAGAAAUUAGACAAGCUAUAAAGUAAAAUUUAAUAUUUAAUAAAUGAAAAUUUCACUACAAAAAACAGGUGAAUCUUAAUGCAAAUUUUUAAAUUAAGUCUAAACUGGUUUUGGAUAUUAUUGAGGAAAACUAAUUUCAAGAAGAUAUUGAGGUAGUUUUAACUUUGCAUGUAACUGUGAAAAAGAUAUAUUCUUCGGAAGUAGGAUCGAGUAAAGCGUAAGAAUGGACUACUGAAAAAUCUGUAAGCAGUUUGUCGUCAUAAAUAAGUCAAUUCAUUAAUCCAUACAGUAUGGAACAGCUGAACACAAAUGGUGUUAAGGUUAAGGUACUACCAUUGUAUAAAGAAUUCUUUAUACAAUGGUACUACCAAUGCUUCCAACGUUGGACGCUGGCUUAAGAAGCAUCGUGUGGUCGUAAUGCACAAGUCAUAUGACGAAUGUUUUAGUUCAAACAUUGGUUAUGGAAAGUCCCGCGUCAAAGGAAUACCCAACAAUGGAACGAAGCUGGAACCAACAGUUGUACAACUAUACACACCUCUUGCGUGUGAAUACUACGUGUUUUGUAUGAAAAUCCAAAGUUGUCAGUGUCAUCUAGUUGAUUUUAGAACAAUUUAUAUUUGCUAUGCCGUUAAUCACUUUUAGCCAUUUGUUUAAAUUGGAUUUCUGCCAACCUAUCCAACCUUCUUUCCAAUGUUCAGCCGUACGUUUGAACACGAAUGUUUGUGCAAAUGCUGGACGCAUCGUGUAAUACCAGCUUUAGCAGAAGCUUCGUACCAAUAAAUUAAUCUCAACAAUUCCAAACACAGCAAUAGCGCUAAGAAUUUUGAAUAUUGCUUACAUUUCCGAAUCCAUAAAAUUUUAGUUAUUUUGGAUACAAGAAAGAUGAUAGAAGGUUUCGAAAAGAUAAAGACAGGAAAAAUAAAAUUUUUUUAGAUAAAGUAAGUAAUUUAGUAGAGUCUUGUGGACCGACAGAUUUUUUCGGUAAAUAUUAUGAUGAACGAGCACAUAGAACAGCUGGAAUGUGGAUGUCAUAUCUCUAAUGGUGCAUUCCAGUAAACGUUCACGGCGCGAGAAAUACUCUGUUGGGUAUUCCACAUAGCGACUAUGAUCGCAGCGAUAACGUCACUUAUGAUGUCAUCUCUAACGUUCACGACGACUCUUGUCAUAAGUGAGCGUUGAAAUUAUCAACGGAAUUUUCAAAGUUCAAGCAACGCAGACUGCAACCAUGAUAAUAUAUCUCAUUAUUUGAUGGAGUAUGGGAUACUAUAAUUACUUAUGAAGCAUUGUUCUGAUGUACCACCAAAUAUUUUACUAUAGCCGUGGAAGAUAUUUUGAUUUUACUUUAAUGUAAAUUAGUUAACCAAUCCGCUUAAAAAUUCAAUGACAAAUUGUAACAUAACCUCUCAAAGCUUUCGUUUUUUCCUGUUUUGCCAUUCAUUGAUAUUUAUCUCUAUACUCAAAAUGCCUCGCAAGCCAUUCCACUUGACUUUACGAAUAUAACGCUCUGGACUAAGUGGAACGGGAAAGAUCGUGAUUGUUGUGAGUGCUUAGUGAAAUGUACCCUAGGGAAAGUUCCAGCCUUCGUCCAAUGUUCAGCCAACGUUGAAGGUUGAAUAUUUGCGCAAACAUUGGACGCAUAGUGUAGUUGCAGCACUGCAUUCAGCCUUCCUUCAAAUGUUCAUUUGUACAUUGGAACGCAGGAGGAAAAGUGAUUUAAAAAUUGGCAAACUGUGCAAAUUAAUAAAAAUGUUGUACCAAUAAUAACGUGUAAUCCAUGUUGCUAUAAAAAAUGAAGAACCGUAAAGAGAAUCUGCAAUUGAAAAAGGGGCUUCAAUGUAUUCAUAACCUUGUAGGAUUGUAAAAUAGGUUCCUAAAAUAACUGUAAAAAUUAUACCCUGAAGCCUUGGGUGAAAUUAUUUCCUAUUAAUCUAUGAUGAGCUCACGUUACUGUUCACGAAUGUUCACCCAAACGUUGAACUCGUCAUGUAGUACUUUAGACGCAUCGUGGGUCGUAGUGCACAUGUCAUAUGACGAAUGGUUUAGUUCCAACAUUGGCCACGGAAAGUCUAUUUUUUUAAUUCACGUCACAUAUGUACGCAACAUUGGAACGAAGCUGGAACCAUAUAUGUAAUAUUCCUAUGUGGACAGUUCUUAUGGGAAAAAACGUCUCUACGUUACGGUGCCGACAGUAUUCAUUAUCUCUUUCAUUCAAAACACUUUAUAUAUACUGCACAUGCUUAAAAAUUCUCUAAAAUAUAAGUAGUGGGAAAAUAAUAACUAACUGAAGCUGUCGGAGGAGAGAGAGAACGAUACACUAUUUUACCACUUAUAGAAACUGUCCAUAUAGGAGUAUUACAUAUAUGGUUGAAACUACACAUUGAAGCUACACAUAGCUCUUGCCUUUUUGCGUGUAAAUGCUACGUGUAUUGUAUAAAAAUCCAUAGUUGUAAGAAUCAUCCAGUUUAUUUUAAAAGAAAAUAUAUAUGUUGUAUACUGUUAAUCACUUUUUGGCACGUUUUUAUAUCUUUAUAUAAGGUUCGAGCCUUGAAAUGUUGGCAUGGUGUAGUACCGGCUUUAGCAGAAGCUUCCAAACUAUAUCACGAACUGAACGUAGAAACAACUUUCUCACCACCAAAUACAAUUCGUUCAGAAAAAAAUUAACACUUACAAUAUAUUCGUACCAAUCAAUGAAUAAAAUUUAGAUAAAGUUUCAAUUUAAGAUAAAAUUUUAGACAGUUUGCAUAAGAGAAAGCUAACAAAAGGUUUCGCAAAGAUAAAGAGGAAAAAUAAAUCUUUUGUAAAUAAAGUAACUGAUUUAUUUUCAGACAAAUUUUUUCGGUAAAUUGUAUUAUGAACGAGUACCUAGUACAUCUGGUAUGUGGAUGACAUAUCUUAUUAAAGCAGAAUCCUAACCUCUAAUUCUAUAGGUUAACCUAUAUAUUCAUUGAGUAAAUAUAUAAUUAUGUUGUUUUCUAGAAUUUUACAAGUAACUAAACAUAAAUUAACUAAAGUAAUAAUACCUGUUCAACAAUUUUCAAAUUUACACAUUCAAAAGACAUCCAGUUCUUUGUCACUAUUAGCAAAUGUUUCAAGUGUGUAUAAUCCUUGGAUUUACCAACAAAAUAAUAAUUUAAAUUUGCCCCAAAAUAUUAAUUCAAAUGUUGAAUUACCAAAUUGUAUAAAAGCAAUAUUGCCAAAAAUAGAACCUAUUAAACGAGAUAUAAUUGAAGCCCCUGCCCUAGAUGAUACUGUUAAAAAAGAAGCAGUUAAAAUGAUAGUUAUUAGAAGAAAGAAGAUGAAAAAACACAAGUUGAGAAAAUUAAGGAAAAGGAUGAAGUUUGAAUGGGCUAAAAAACGACAACGAAGGGAACUAAAAAAGGAAAAACUUUUCCAAGCAGAGCUUAUUCAGCAAUAUAAAACAGCAGAGAAAUUUUCCGCAGAAGAAUAUGUGACUACAAAACUUAAAGAAUUUGACCAGGCUAGUGAGUUAUUGGCAAAAAAUGAAUCAUCUGAAAUAGAAGCAAGAUCCAGUAGGAAAACAUGAAUUGAGUGAGCAGUUGAUUCAUUUUGUAACUUAUAUGUUGAUUUAAUAAAGUGUAUUAGAGUUUUCAUAAUAAACUUUUGAGCCAACUA